AUGGGAUACACUGACCCUUCGUCGAGCAGGGAUUUGCUGGGAAACAGAACUUUGUUCUUCAUAUUCAUCUGCGCCUUUGCUGUGGUCACCUUGCUGCAGCAGAUCCUCUAUGGGAGAAACUAUCUCAAAAGGUAUUUUGAGUUUUAUGAAGGGCCUUUGGAAUACAACUCUACCAAAUGCCUGGAAUUGCGGCAGGACAUCAUUGAAGUGAAGGUUUUGUCUAUGGUGAAACAAACAGAAUUGUUUGACAGAUGGAAGAGCCUACAGAUGUGCAAAUGGGAGAUGAAUGUCACAGAAGCCAAUUUAUUCAAAUCCACUUUGUCAAGGUGUUGCAAUGCCCCUGCCUUUCUCUUCACCACCCAGAAAAACACCCCUUUGGGAACUAAACUGAAAUAUGAAGUGGAUACUAGUGGGAUCUUCCAUAUCAACCAAGAGAUCUUCAAGAUGUUCCCAAAGGAUAUGCCAUACCACCGCUCCCAGUUUAAGAAAUGUGCCGUGGUUGGGAAUGGAGGAAUUCUGAAGAACAGCAGAUGUGGCCGGGAGAUCGACAGCGCAGACUUCGUGUUCCGAUGCAAUUUGCCUCCUAUAUCUGAGAAAUACUUCAUGGAUGUUGGGGUGAAGACGGAUGUUGUGACUGUCAAUCCCAGUAUAAUUACUGAGAGGUUCCAUAAGCUGGAGAAAUGGAGGAAACCCUUCUACAACGUCCUCCAGGUCUACGAGAACGCCUCCGUGCUGCUGCCAGCUUUCUACAACACCCGCAACACGGACGUUUCCAUCCGGGUCAAAUAUGUCCUGGAUGACUUUGAAUCCCAGCAAGCUGUUUAUUACUUUCACCCCCAGUAUCUCAUCAACGUCUCCCGCUACUGGCUCGGCCUGGGGGUGCGGGCCAAGCGGAUCAGCACGGGGCUGAUCCUGGUGACUGCUGCCCUGGAGCUCUGUGAAGAGGUCCACCUUUUUGGCUUCUGGGCCUUCCCCAUGAACCCCUCAGGGAUUUUUAUAACUCACCACUAUUACGACAAUGUGAAACCUCGCCCUGGUUUUCAUGCUAUGCCCUCAGAAAUUUUCAACUUCCUCCACAUGCACAGCAAGGGGAUCCUACGGGUUCAUACAGGGACCUGUAGCUGCUGUUGACAGGGGCACUUCUUCCUCUGGCACAAAAGUGUGGCAGGAAGCUGAUGCCUCUGUGUGGUGUGGGAAGUUUUAUUACACCCCGAGAUUAUGCAAUAAUUGUUUGAUAUCAGUUUCCUCAAGGCAUUGCACCCCAUAGGAUCCCAGCAUUUUUCCUGCUAGCAGUUUGGGUCCAUAACAGUGUAGGAGAAGCAAAACUCCUCUCUCC